GGCAACAGGAGGGGGCGGGCUGCAAAACAACCACCUCAAUAAUUUCUCCAUCCCAUCGCGUUCCUUCUUCUUCGGUUCGGCGGCCUAGGGCAGUUUCUCCCUUGGCUUUCCAAUCCCAUCCCCAAAUUUGCUGGGGGCAGCUCCGGAUCUCUCUGAGGUAAGAACUCGAGUCCCUCCCUUUCAGAGGCCCCUAUUUUUUUCCCGUUCCGAUUCGCUUCUAUUAUUGUGUUAGAUGUGAUUGUACUGUGGGGAGCGGGGGGGGGGGGGGGGGGGGGGAGAAUUAGGGCGGGUGGGGCGGUGUCAAAACUCUCCGCUUUUCACCUAGAUUCAGUUAGUUGAUUGCGAAACAAUGAGGUGGACUGAUUCAAGUUCCGCACUGACCCCUCUCCCGACGGAACAAUCAUCCAAAGCCAUCUAAUCAGAUAUUCCUAUUCAUGUACUAGAUGCAUAGAUAUAUUGGAGGCAGACUUUACACUAUCUAAUCAGAAAGGCAUUAGUCUUAAUGCUUCGUCAAUCUUAGCUAUUUACUCGAGUUCAGGUUUUAUUUUUAGAUUCACACAUCAUGUACAUUGUUCUCUAAUUCUUAUUUUUUUCCUGUUCCUUUUUCUUCCCUUCCAUUCAUUUAAUGGAAUUUUGAUGCCUUGCAAUUACACCACUCUGCUCAAUUAUACCUCAGAUAGCAUCAUCUUUGCCUAUCCUCUUUAACAUACUCUCGUUGACGGUGCUAUCGUAUUCUUGAAAACCUUCUGUACUUUCUCCAUCUGAGCAUACUGCUAUAUGUGCAUUUAUUCCUUAACAGUCACCUGUUUUGAGGUGCCAUUUUCCAUUUGGAUACCCAUGGCUAAAUCCAUUUUGAGAGUAUUACAUAUCUUUUAUUCUAGCUGUUUCUGUCAUUUUUCUUCCUAUCCAUACAUCAUCACUUUGCUCCCCCAAUAUUGUUGGUUCCUGUGCUCUUUCCAAAGUUUCCUUGGAACUUUGAGCUUUGGAAGAUGUCAAGGAGGACAGAAAUUGCUGCUUCCACCAAAUCCGUUGAAUUGGUCAAACAAGAAGACCAUUUGGAGUUUGAUGAUCCUGACGAGGAAGAUGAAGAGGAAGAAGUUGAGUAUGAAGAAAUUGAGGAGGAGGUUGAGUAUGAAGAGGUAGAAGAGGAGGAAGAGGAGGAGGAGGAGGAAAAAUCUGAAGUUGCGUGUGAAGGUGAUGCUAAACAUGAUAGUAAAAUGGCGGGUGUUUAUCAGAAGGAUGAGGACGAAAAAGAGAAGCAUGCUGAGCUUCUUGCUCUUCCUCCUCAUGGAUCCGAAGUGUACGUUGGGGGCAUCUCCUCAGAUAUAUCUUCUGAAGAUCUAAAAAAUCUAUUUGAGUCGGUUGGAGAAGUCGUGGAGGUGCGGAUACGAGGAAAGGGGGAUAACAAGCUGUAUGCUUUUGUUAAUUUCAGAGAUAAAGAACUGGCUUUAAAGGCCAUCCAAAAGUUGAACAAUAAGGACCUAAAGGGAAAGAAGAUAAAAGUUUCUUCCUCCCAGGCAAAGAACAGGCUAUUUAUUGGGAAUGUACCCAGAGAUUGGACACUGGAUGAUUUCAAAAAUGCAGUGGAAGAAGUUGGUCCUGGGGUUUUAAAAGUUAAUCUCCCGAAGGCACCGCGUUCAGAUCGCCACAAGGGUUAUGGCUUUAUUGAAUACUACAACCAGGCAUGUGCAGAGUAUGCUAGGCAGAAAAUGUGUACCCCAGAAUUCAAACUAGAUUCAAAUGCUCCUACUGUCAACUGGGCAGAUCCUAGAAAUAGCGGCGAAUCUGCUUCUACUGCGCAGGUUCUUUUGAGUUUUGAGCACCACAAGACAAAAUGUUACUUUUAUGUUUCCUUCUAUAAUGAUGUUGUAUAUGGAUGUAAAUUUUGUCUUCAGGUUAAAUCUCUAUAUGUCAAAAACCUACCCAAGACUGUUACUGAAAAGCAGCUGAAAAAGCUGUUCGAGCAUCUUGGAGAAAUUACAAAAGUUAUUCUUCCUCCUGCAAAAGCUGGUCAUGAAAAUCGGUAUGGUUUUGUUCACUUUAAGGAACGGCACAUGGCUAUUAAGGCUUUGAAGAACACCGAGAGAUAUGAACUUGAUGGCCAGCUGCUGGAUUGUUCACUUGCAAAAGCUGAUAAGAAGGAUGAUACUGUAUCAGUACCUACUGCGAAAAAAGGUCCAUUGCUGCCAAGUUAUACCCCACUUGGAUAUGGACUGGUGGGGGCCAAUCCACUUGGAAAUGGACUGGCAGGUGCUUAUAAUCCACUAGGAAAUGGACUGGCUGGUGUUUAUAAUCCACUUGGAAAUGGAUUGGCAAGUGCUUAUGGUGUGCUUCCUGCUCAUGCUGCACAGCCAAUUUUGUAUGCUCCAGGUGCUCCUUCAGCUUCAACAAUGAGCCCAAUGGUUCUACCAGAUGGCCGUCUUGUAUAUGUACCACAACCUGCAGGGCAGCAGACUGUGCAUCUGGCUUCGCCUCCGGCGCAGCAAGGUGGUCGUCGUUAUGGUGGCAGCGGCAGCAGCGGCGGCGGAUCCAGCUCCGGUGGAAGGCGGCAGAGAGGAGAUGGCCGUGGUAGUAAUAGCAACAACAGCCGCAGAGGCCGACACCGUCCCUACUGAUGUUUGCAAAUGUUGCUGUUAGGUUAUUAGCGCUUAGAAGUUAGAAGAACCUAGCACGAAGAAAGAAUACCUUGCUGGCUACCAGUUAAUGCUGGAAAUUGUGCUUUCUAGGGGUUUUUAUUUUUGUCGGUCUGCUUCAAACUGCCGUUGAGCUCAUAAUACUGCAAACCGCAGAUGUAGCUUUGAUGCAGUUGUAGUUCUGUGUUCUGUUUCUUCAUCCAGCUUCAGGAAUAGUUGCUGUGGUCUACAUUUGCGUCUCUGAUCAGUCUCGGCACGUUUAGCGUGAGGAAUUAAAUGAUGGCCGAUAGUGGUCUUAUAAAA